CCCCGACCACACAUCCUUUUCCUCCGCUUUUUCCUGCCUCAUUUUCGUCCUGAGGGCGUGCAUUGGUGUGUGUACAAGCGGCUGGGAGAGGAGGCAAGAGAUAGGAAGGGAACCAAUGUGGAUAUGUCAGCAGCAGCAGUUUAUCCGUUGCUUAUCCCCCAGCUCGUGAACCACUUUCUCCCGAGCCGUAUACUCUCACUGCAUCUUGGCACGUCACGCUGUACCAUGACCUGUUCUCAUCUGCUGUUCUUUCUUUUGAGCCUUUUCGGACCUAUACUGCGCUGUUCCGGUUCGACGGAUGACACGGACCCGGACUUCUGGGAGAGGUCAGGUAGACAAAGACUAGAGCAGCUGUUGCACCCACACAUCAUCGACAGUCCUGCCAAGAACAUCAUUGUAUUCAUUGGUGACGGGAUGGGCAUUUCGACGGUCACGGCAGCUAGGAUCUACUCGGGACAGAUGCAGAAUAAGAGCGGCGAAGAAGCCAUGCUGGCCUUCGAUCGCUUUCCCUACACAGCAUUGGUCAAGACCUACGCAGUGGACAGACAAGUGGUGGACAGUGCAGCUUCUGCUACAGCUAUGUUUACCGGGGUCAAAACGAGAAAUGCGGUUAUUGGUCUUUCUGCGCGAGCCCAGCUGUCAAACUGCGACUCGGCUGCUGGGAACUACGUAUAUUCCUUCAUGGAUAAGGCGCAGGAAAAAGGUAUGGCAACGGGAUUCGUGACUUCCACACGUGUAACGCACGCCACGCCAGCAGCACUCUACAGUCAUUCAGUGAACAGAGACUGGGAGGCAGACAGUAAGAUGCCCAAAGGCGUCACCCGUUGCAAGGACAUCGCCAGGCAACUUAUCGAAGAUGCUCCCGGCAACAAAUUCAAAGUUGUGCUCGGUGGUGGAUUGGACUAUUUCAAACCCAAAGGCAGCACUUCGAGUGCGAGACGUACCGAUGGCCAAGACCUUGUGAAAGAGUGGAUGUCUUCGAAAGAAAACGCAACGUUUGUUGCCACAGCGCAGGCACUGCGGAAUAUUGACCUCAACUCAACAGAGUACCUAAUGGGCCUUUUCUCUCCUGACCACAUGGACUACGCUCUCAAACGGUCCAAAGAGCAGCCUUCUCUACCGGAAAUGGUCGAAACUGCGAUUCGUAUGCUGAAGAAAAGCUCACAAGGAUUCGCUCUUAUGGUAGAAGGAGGGAGAAUCGACCACGCACACCACGAGAACAAAGCCCACCUGUCCCUGGGCGAAGCUGAGGAGAUGAGCCGCGCUGUGCAUCUUGCCCGGUCAUUGACAGAUCUGGAUGAUACGUUGAUUCUGGUGACAGCCGAUCAUUCACACUCAUUCGUAAUCAAUGGUUACCCGAAGAGAGGAAACCCAAUUUUCGGCAUGGCUGGUGUCUCCAAAUAUGACCACCUUCCUUACGCGACACUCGGUUACACAAACGGUCCAUCGAAGACAACCAGGUCCAGCAACAACGUCGAGCAUUCACAAUCGCUGGACUAUCAACAGCCUGUGCUUGUUCCACUCUCGACAGAGACCCAUGGUGGGGAAGACGUCGCGCUGUACGCUUCUGGACCAAUGGCGCACUUGGUUAGAGGAGUCAUAGAACAAAACGUUCUCUCUUACAUCAUCGACUAUGCAACGUGUCUUGGGGGCUACCGCGACCGAUCGAGCACAAAGGGAGCGGCUACCGUUGUCUAUGUGAACCACGUGCUCGUUUUCCUUGUGGUCAUAACUGCACUGUUGCGGACAUUGCAGUCCAGCUGACGUGUGUGACCAUACGAACAAUGACUAGUCAAUAGGAUAUUUGAUGUGAUUGUCACCAUAAGUGCUCACUCGUUCUGCAAAGGUCAGGAAUCUGGGCAUGGUGCAAGCAGACUUGAGCGAAUUAGUAGGCACUUUUUUUUUUCUAGUCGGGACUCAAAUAAAUUGGACACUUUUAUCUAUA